GCCGCCGCCGCCGCCAGAGAGACGCUUUCCUUUUUUUAUUUUUUUUCCGCGUGUUCACUUCCGGGUCCGGCGCCGAUCCGGAUGCCCGAGGCAGAAGGAUGUUUGACCUCCGGAUAAGCGAGGCGCUGCUGUGCAUUCAUUCCCGGCUGCAUCGGUGGCGGCAGCAGCGGCCCGGGCGGCGACUCUCCAGCCGGAGGCGGCGGUAGGAGGCUCCGGCAGGAGUGCAGGCACCCCGUCCGCGCCGAGCUGCGUUACCUCCCUUGCUCGGUCCUUCCCCCCUACCUCGCUCGCGCCCUCCCUGCGUGGCUCGCUUUCCUCCUCCGGCCGCCGGCGGGUGUGAUGUGCCGCCGCCGCUGCCCCCGCCGCCGCUGCUGCUGACGGACGGACCGGGGGCGCCGCCCGCGCCCGGGCCGACCCCGCUGCUCGCGGCCGCGCCUCUGAGUCCCCAGAUGAGAAUGCAGCCUAGCCUAGCUGAUACCAUGAAUGAAGCCUGUGAAAACUCAAGCAAAUGACUCAGCUGAGCCAUAUCCAGACUUCUGAUCCAUGGAAACUUUCUCUAUCAAGAUCAGUGCACAUCAUUGAAAAGAAAAUUUUGAAGACAUGUUUUGCUGAAAAGAAAACUGAGAAACAUCUUACGAAUGGGAUGAACACGCACCAGUUAAUUGACUACCUACUGCAAUUUGAAUGUUAACAUUACCUGUCUGGUACAGUUACCUAGUGAUGUACCUAUUCUCACAAUACCCUACUUCAGUGUGCUUGUCUUGAUUAAAGAAUUCAAAGUGGAGUACCGUAAACUUGAUAUGGAUAAUAAAAAGAAAGACAAGGACAAAUCAGAUGAUAGAAUGGCACGACCUAGUGGUCGGUCGGGACAUAACACUCGAGGACCUGGGUCUUCCUCCUCUGGAGUUUUAAUGGUUGGACCUAACUUUAGAGUUGGAAAAAAAAUUGGAUGUGGCAAUUUUGGAGAAUUACGAUUAGGGAAAAAUUUAUAUACAAAUGAAUAUGUGGCAAUUAAACUGGAACCCAUGAAAUCCAGAGCACCACAGCUACAUUUGGAAUAUAGAUUCUACAAGCAGUUAGGAUCUGGAGAUGGUAUACCUCAAGUUUACUAUUUUGGCCCUUGUGGUAAAUACAACGCUAUGGUGCUGGAACUGCUGGGACCUAGUUUGGAAGAUUUGUUUGAUUUGUGUGAUAGAACAUUUUCUCUUAAAACAGUUCUCAUGAUAGCUAUCCAACUGAUUUCUCGUAUGGAAUAUGUUCAUUCAAAGAACUUGAUAUACAGAGAUGUAAAACCUGAGAACUUCUUAAUAGGACGACCAGGAAAUAAAACCCAGCAAGUUAUUCAUAUUAUAGAUUUUGGUUUGGCGAAGGAAUAUAUUGAUCCAGAGACAAAGAAACACAUACCAUACAGAGAGCACAAAAGCCUUACAGGAACAGCUAGAUAUAUGAGCAUAAAUACACAUUUAGGAAAAGAACAAAGUAGAAGAGAUGACUUAGAAGCUUUAGGUCAUAUGUUCAUGUAUUUUCUUAGAGGCAGUCUUCCUUGGCAAGGUUUAAAGGCUGACACAUUAAAAGAGAGGUAUCAGAAAAUUGGAGAUACAAAACGAGCCACACCCAUAGAAGUGUUAUGUGAAAAUUUUCCAGAAGAAAUGGCAACAUAUCUUCGUUAUGUAAGAAGGCUAGAUUUUUUUGAAAAGCCAGACUAUGACUACCUAAGAAAGCUUUUUACUGACUUGUUUGAUCGAAAGGGAUAUCUGUUUGAUUAUGAAUAUGACUGGAUGGGUAAACAGUUGCCUACUCCAGUGGGGGCAGUUCAGCAAGAUCCUGCUCUAUCAUCAAACAGAGAAGCACAUCAACACAGAGAUAAGAUGCAACAAUCCAAAAAUCAGUCGGCAGACCACAGGGCAGCUUGGGACUCCCAGCAGGCAAAUCCCCACCAUUUGAGAGCUCACCUUGCAGCAGACAGACAUGGUGGCUCGGUACAGGUUGUAAGUUCUACAAAUGGAGAAUUAAACACAGAUGACCCUACUGCAGGACGUUCAAAUGCACCCAUCACAGCCCCUACGGAAGUAGAAGUGAUGGAUGAAACCAACUGCCAGAAAGUGUUGAACAUGUGGUGCUGCUGUUUUUUCAAACGAAGGAAAAGGAAAACCAUACAGCGCCACAAGUGACUCUGGAGACAGGCAGAUCAUGGGGAGUUACUUGCGUGUUCAUCUUCUGUCUUGUGAUGAAAAUCAUCUCUGUAGUGACCACAUAUGUUUUCAAGGACUCACUCUUAGAAACAAAAAUGUCAUACUUUCAUACUUCAUUGUGUGGUUGUCUUACAUUCACAUUUUUUUUUCUAAUUUAACUAUUAUGGAAGCUUUAACGUUUUGUCAAAACAUGAGUGCUUUGCCCAUCAGUGAAUGGAAUGGACCAAUGAGGUAGGACUGGUCAAAAUAGUCUUAGAGAACAUUUUCAAAGGCUCUCCUCCUGCCACGGAAAGCAGUACAGUAUCUGAAAUGUCAACCAGUUAAUAUACCUGAUCUGGUCUUUUAUAACUCCUGUAAGAGCAUAAUCAAACAGGAAUUUUCUCCCCAGUGGUAACACAACAAAGGAAACAGAGUUGCCCAAAUAUUUGAAGAAGCUAAUUCUUGAGAAGUUCAUUUUUGGUGUGACAUCUGCAUUGAUACCAGUGUUACUGAUGGUACUGCUAUUUGUGAGUCAUACUAAAAUUCUCUCUGAAAUCAUGGUACAGUCACUGCCCAGAGGUACUGAGGAAAAAGCUCUAUGUGUUUGGCAGAUGGUAGUGGUGAAAUGAAUAACAAGUAAUGUGGUAAUUAUGAGUUCUGCUUUUUUAAAAUUUUUAAAAUUAUUUAUUGCUUUGAGAGAGAGAGAAAGAAACAUUGACUUGUUCCACUUAUUUGUGCAUUCAUUGGUUGAUUCUUGUUUGUGCCCUGACUGGGGAUCGAACCCGCAACCUUGGCAUAUCGUGACAAUGCUCUAACCAGCUGAGCUACCCGGCCAGGGUUAAGCUCAGCUUUCGUGGCACCACUAUGUGAAGUACAGUGUUGCUGAAGUGGCAAAAGCACUUAUUUUAAAAAAAUGCAACAUUUGUAUAAUGUAACUUUAUGCUUCCAGAUAAUGUGUGUUAGACAGCAAGAGAUGAAUACUUUGAGAAAUGAGAAAUGUGGGAGUUUUUUUU